AAUAAUUUUCUUUUGCAGUCAUGCAAACAUGUGAAGAAUGUGUAAUAUUUGGAGAAUGGGUGUCUCUGCACGCAAAAGUCUUGAAUGCAACAAAUGUUGCAAAGUUUUUGUGUUGGUAUUAGUAUUUGGUAUCACAUCAGUGCUGUCACAUAAUCAUAAAAGCUAUCGAGCUUGAUAAUGAUCCUUUUCUAAUUUUUUAAAAAGCACAUUCAUGUCUUCCAAAUGGAAAAAAAAAACUUUUCGAUAUAAUCCUGAUGCCUCUGAGCAGACCUGAGAAACCUACAGAAAUCAUCAUUUUAAAAGAUAAUAUAAUGAGGCUGAAGGUUAAAUGAUUUAGCAUCUGUACAUUUCAAACAGCUCAGUCAGAUUCAUGAGUUUCUGUAACUUAAUGAAUCAAAAGCUGAAAAAUAGUUUAAGACACUUUAGGCACAAACAACUGUCUUUAGAAAAAAAGAAAAAAAAUUUGAUUAUAGUCAGUUAUCAUUUUACAUUUUGUACAACUAAUUUGAGACCUGUACCUCACAAUGUUUAACUGUUUAUUCAUGCUAAAUAUUUAUCAGCUAAAAAACACUCUGUCAGCACUUUCAGUUUGUCUAAGUAACUCAGUGUGACUGGAAGUUGUUGAAGGUUUCUAGCUUGUAAAAAAAGAUCGAUAUGAAACUCCUUGAGGAGUUGAGAUCCAUGAAUGAUUGAAGGUGAAGACAGACUAAAUCACUGCCAGGGGRAAGACCUUCACUGUAGUCAAGGUGGGAGGGGAGGCUCUGACACCUCGGCUUCGAUCUCAGGCUAUCUGUGUCUAAAAACAGCUGAAAUCACAAAGGAAAACAAAUAGAUAUGUGUGUGAUAAUGUAAGUUUCUAUUCAAACAUCUUUAUAAGCACAUUAACCUUUCACGUGUUUAUCAUUCUGAUUGUGUGCCUCUGUAGUGCAGCGGGGAGCUAUUUCCCACUGAUACUCAUGUUGUCUGUUUUGUUUUAUUGUCUCUCCUCAGCACAAAACAUCCAACCAUCUGUCUUCAUCUGUGUUCUUUAAACUGUACAUCCUCUCCAGAGAGUUUCCAACUCUUUUCAUUUCAUUCUAUAAGUCACAUCAGAGAGUUGACAAACACACCUGUGGAAAACAAACAAACCACAUUUAGGGGAGUCUCGAGACACUUWGGGUCUAUAAAUUGGACAGGAUGGAGGUUUUCAGAGAGACGCACCUGUCAUUUAAAUCAGGAGCUUCUAGUCUCCUCCCUGAGACUCAGUCCACUCCCACAGAGGGAGCGCUCUCAGUCACACAUGUGACUUUGCAGAAACAAGAUAAGGACUAAAUCCGCGUCAUCAUAUUUAUGUUUUAUCUAAAAUUCGGGAGAGUGGAGUUUAUUUUUGGGUCCUGUUGAGACUUGAUCCUGACGCAAAGCCCCGCCUGACUCAGACAUCUACACGAACGGACGCUGUUUGAGRACUUAAUUUUGUUUAUUUUCUUGGCAAAUGCUCCGGCUGUGAGGAUGGCACCCUCCGGGGAGCGGUUCGUGAGUCAUACCUUGAAGUUUUGCGUCUGGCGCGCGCCUUCGGACUAAUGUGUCCUGGACUCGAUCCGCGCCAGUUCUGAGGAACUGGAUCCGUGGGUGAACUAAAAACAAACUAUAAGACAAUAUGAGAAAGCUAAGCGCCUUGAAACUCAAACAGGGAGCUGCCCCCUCGCCGCGCUCGGCCUGAGCGCGCGCACACUCAUCCAGCCAGCGGCGGCGGCAUCAUGACUUCGGCUCUGCCUCCGUCCAAGGCGCUCUACAUCGGGAUGGAGGUGGUGAUCGCCGUGUCCUCGGUGGUCGGGAACGUGAUGGUGGUGUGGGCCGUGCGCAUCAACCGCUCUCUGAGAGACACCACGUUCUGCUUCAUCGUCUCGCUGGCCUUGGCUGACAUUGCGGUGGGGGCUCUCGUCAUCCCGCUCGCCAUCACCAUCAGCAUCGGACUCCAGACGCACUUCUACAGCUGCCUGCUGUUCGCCUGCACCGUGCUCGUCCUCACGCAAAGUUCCAUCCUGGCGCUGCUGGCCAUCGCCAUCGAUCGCUACCUGAGAGUCAAAAUACCCAUGAGCUACAAGCGAGUGGUGACCCCUCGGCGRGCUGGGACAGCGGUGUUAUUGUGCUGGCUGGUGUCCAUUAUUGUGGGUCUCUUGCCGAUGCUGGGCUGGAAUAACCUGCAGCGCCUCCUCGCCAAUGGCACCUUGAUAACUAAAGACCUUGUGGUGACCUGUGAGUUUGAGACGGUCAUCAGCAUGGACUACAUGGUCUACUUCAACUUCUUCGGCUGGGUGCUGCCCCCCCUGCUGCUCAUGCUGGCCAUCUACUUGGAGAUUUUCUACAUGAUCCACAAGCAGCUCAACAAAAAGGUGACAGCGGGCCACACAGAUCCAAGGCGCUACUUUGGGAAGGAACUGAAAUUAGCCAAGUCUUUAGCCCUCGUUCUGUUCCUCUUCGCAGUCAGCUGGCUUCCACUCCACAUCCACAACUGCAUCACGCUCUUCUGCCCUGACUGCAACACGCCAGUGUUCCUCAUUUACAUUGCUAUCAUCCUCUCACACGGCAACUCAGCAGUCAACCCCAUCAUUUACGCUUUCCGGAUCAAGAAAUUCCGCACAGCCUUUCGGAAAAUCUGGAAACUGUACGUGCUUUGCCGGGAUCCAGUCGGUCGCCUUCCUCAAAGAGGGAGCCAGAGAGGACGCAGUAACGACAGGAGGCUGAGGCAGAAUGAUGAUGAUGACGAUGAUGUGUGACCUUUGGGAACUAACUGCAUUACAGCAGUUUGUGACAAUAUGGAUAAAAAGAGACCACAGUGGCUUUUUUAUACUGGAAUGGUUAAAAGCAGAAUGGUACUGGGGACACUGAACAUGGUGGAGAGUGAUUUUCUCCAUUAAUCGUGCUCCAGCAGGAAAAGAAAAUCCCAGUCAGAUGUAGAUUUGGAUUAAGCCUUCUUUUUGGCUGACCAACCUAUAAAGAUGUCUCGUAAUGCACGGGGCUUUUAAAUUUUUUUUCUUUUGUAUGAGUUGGGAUUUACUGUAAAGCAGUAAGUGCAUUUUUGUAGCUAACGUGAACAAUACUGUAGUAGAGUUUGCUGUACUUGUUGGCUUAAAUUUAAAAUAAUGGCCUUCAAUGUGAUUGAUCCUAAGUAUUUAUCCUUAUACAGAAUGUGCUACAAUAAAAUUCUGUGGCCUUAAAGACCGAAGGAACUGAGAGUAAAUGUAGCAUUGUGGUGACAGAAGAAAUCUGGUAAACUUGUGAGGAAAACACUUGCACAGCCAAGAUGUUGCAUUUGAGAGUGUUCAGCACACGGGCAGGUUGCCCAGAAGAAGAAAACURAUUAAAAUCAGGAUUUUUGCUAAAACCUCUGCUUUUCUAAUAACAAAGUUACACAGCAACUCGUCUGCCUUUGUAGACAUUUGGUUUGUUUUCACGUGAAGUUUCUGCUUUUUACAUGUCUGAGAGCAUUUGACUGACAGGAUGGAUACUAGCGAGUAGCUGCAAGCAGAAAACAACUUCUUGUUUCUCGUCAGUUAAAUGUCAGAGUAAACAGGCAACAGUAAAAGUCWCAGACCCAGCGGUCCUUUAAUUGUAGCCACAUCAGAGUUUAUAACAGAAACCUGUGAAUCUGAAGAAUGCUGUUGCUCCUCCAUUUAUUAAACCUCAUUUAAUCUGAUCAUUUUAACCAUAAAAUGUUCUGCUGGCCUUUAACUUGUUUAUAAUAUACCCCUAAUUAUUUGGCAAAAAAAGAUAUCUUAAUUGUUGUUUUCACAGAUCAAAUGUAAUUUGAAUAGUGUUGAGACAUACAGGACACAGAAUAUUAGUCAUUACUGUAUGCAACUAAUAUAUACUAUAYAAGUAUAUAUAUUAUGUGUUGAUAGGAGUGAUUUUCCAGCAGUAAGCUCACUGAGAGCUGCCGGGGGUUGCACUGCCAGGGUCUGCAGUGCACUGAGCUGUGCACUGCAGACCCUGGCAGCGGUUGUUCAACAUAAAAACCUGCAAAAUCCAAACUCUACRUGUCACUGCACUGAUUUCAAUUUAAAUGCACUAUUUGCAGAAAUAAUUAGAUGCAUCGAAAUUUAUUAAGAAUUUUUUAAGUGUUUUUGGACUUAGCAUCUUACUUACUGGUCAUGAUUUGUGUAAGGCUCUGCAAAAGGCAAUCAGAUGUAAUUUAGAUUUAAUAUGUGUUCAUUUGUGUUUUUCUUUCUUUUGUCAUUUGAGUUGYUUUGGGUAUUUUGAGAGGUUGUGAAAGUAAUAAAGAGUUUACAUUUUWAAAAAGGCCAGCAUCAAAGGCACAGUGUGUAGGAUUUUGUCAAUUCUUUUAGCCGAAAUUGAGAUAAUCACUAAUGGCAAUUA